AUUGAAAGACGAUGGUGAUUCUCCAACACAUCCAUUGUAUAGUAAGACAUGGCUGACGCCUGUCUUUCGUUUCGUAACUAAGCACUUGACUCGCGUCUCAGUGCAUGAGCUACUUCGUCUCCGCUGCUUCUUCGACCUUAUAAUCUCCGUUCCCCUUCUUCCCCGCACACCACACAAGCGCUCCCUGCUUCUCUCUUCCUCCUCCUCCUCAAUUCCUACGGUUAGUGUAGCAUUCACCAUUCUACAGCCAGCAGAGGCAAUGCAGCGAGCUGUUCCUCUCCUUGCCGCUUCUCUCCUGCUGUUGGCCGCUGCUGCCACCUUUCCGGUUGCACGCGGCCACAACAUAACCAAGAUCCUGGCGCAGCACCCGGAAUUCUCCACCUUCAACCACUACCUGUCCGCCACCCACCUAGCCAACGAGAUCAACCGCCGCCUCACCAUCACGGUGCUCGCCGUCGACAACGCCGGCAUGUCCGACCUCCUCGCCAAGCACCUCUCCCUCCUCACCCUCCGCAACGUCCUCUCCCUCCACAUCCUCAGCGACUACUACAGCUCCAGGAAGCUCCACCAGCUCAGCAGGGGCUCCACCAUCUCCUCCUCCGUCUUCCAGUCCUCCGGCCACGCCCCCGGCACUACCGGCUACAUCAACAUCACCGACCACCGCCGGGGAAAGGUCACCUUCAUCACCGAGGACGCCGGCGGCGCCCCGCCUGCUGUCUUGGUUAAGUCCUUGAAGGAGAUCCCCUACAACAUCUCCAUCCUGCAGAUAAGCACCAUCCUCAGCUCCCCCGAGGCGGAGGCCCCCGUGGCGGCGCCCGCCCCCGUCAACCUCACCGUGCUCCUGGCCAAAAAGGGCUGCAAGGCCUUCGCCGAUCUGCUACUAGCCAGCCCGGACGUCCUUCAGAUCUUCGAGGACAACCUCGACGUCGGGCUCACGGUCUUCUGCCCCAGUGAUGGCGCCGUCAGGGCCUUCGGCCCCAAGUACAAAAACCUCACUGGCGACGGUAAGGCCUCCCUCCUCCUCUACCACGGCGUGCCGGCGUACUACUCUCCCCAGCUCCUCAAAACCAACAACGGCUUCUUCACUACCCUCGCCACCACCAGCCGCAACAAGAACUUCCAUUACACCGUGCGGACCGACGGCGACGCCAUCACGGUCAAGACCCGAGUUGUCACCGCCACCAUCACCUCCACAAUCCUCGACCAGGAUCCUGACGCAGUCUACGCUAUCAACAAGGUGCUCCAGCCCCGGGAGCUGUUCAAGAUCCCCGAGGUCGUCGAGGCCGACGCUCCCGCCCCGGCUUCCAAGAAGUCCAAGCACGCCGCGGCAGGCCCCGAGGAGUCACCUGCGGACGAAGAGGCGUCGGACAACUCUGUUCUCAGUCUCAGCGCCGCCGGAAGGUGGCUCACCGCCGCCAUGGCUGCCACUUUGGCGGCAGCAGUCAUAGUCGUCGUCUGAUAUAAUAAUUCUCACGAUUUGGGACGGGGAAUAAUUGAGGACCAGAGAGAUAUACAUAUAAUCUUCUAUAUAUACACAUAUACUCUCUUCCUCCGGUGAAUUUGUUCUGUAGAUUGUGUGGUUUUAAAUGGUGAUGAUGAGUUACUUCA